AUGGCCAACCUUAAUCUAACCUAUUUAAACAUUCUGUUCUUCAUAUUCUUCCUUGCAGCACAUGCAAUUCAAGGAUCUAAAACAACUCAAGUAAUACUUCCUUGCCAACAAAGCGUCUCUUUCUCGCAUCCAUGGGAGUUGCAGGGUAGCAAUGAACCGAAGAUGGAUAGACAUUCAAGGAGAUUGAUGAUUGGAUCCACAUCGCCUACCUGCACUUACAAUAAAUGUAGAGGAUGCAAAUACAAAUGUCGAGCCGAACAAGUUCCGAUCGAAGGGAACAACACGAUCAACAGUGCAUACCGCUACAAAUGUGUUUGCCAUAGACCAUAAUUCAAGU